AUGUGGUCCGGCAGCAAAGAUGAUCAGACCAGUCAAGACGCUCAGAUUGCCGGCCAGGCCACGGGUGCCAUGUCGUGGGCCUUCAUUGCUGCUUUGCGGAAGAACCCCCAGCAGAGUUAUGUUCAGCUGUUGAACAGCAUCCGCGAUGAGCUUUCCACCAAAUAUACCCAGAAGCCACAGCUGAGCUGCAGCCACCCUCUAGAUACCGACAUUCUUUACGUGAUGUAA